UUUUUGUUUCAAUAUUUACAUUCUAAUUUGUGAUUCAUUGUGUAUUGUUUUGUCAGCAGUGCAAAGUAUAUAAAUUAGGAUUAGCCUACUGAGGCGUCGGUCUGCAAUAAGAAAUAAUGAUCUUGCAUUAAUGGUGUUACGGUACAUUUUCAUUGCUACUCAUUGAUAUUUCCUUGAGUCUUAAGACAUUUAUUUUAUCAGCAGUAGUGCAAGUUAUAGGGGUAUUGGGGGAUAGUGUGAGUCACUACCGCCAGAGGGCUCGAUGCUGGGAUACGCGGCGCGCGCCAUCCAGUCCUGUGCCAGACACCGGGAGAGAAAGGUCGCCAGCCUUAGGUGUUAACAUGAUACGUGCAGAGGAGAAUUCGUGGUAUGGAGGUGACAUUGACGACGUGGAGGUAAAGAAGAGGAAGGGCCAGUGUGUGAACUUGAGGAAUGACAUGAUGCUUCGUCACUGAGAAGAAAAAAGGGUUACGCCGUGACGUACCCAAGUAUUCUUUACCCUGGACGGUGACUGGGCGCCUCUAUUGUUUACCCUUUAGUGAAAGUGUGCAAGGGUCGCGCCGCUUCCUGCACUAUUACUAGACCAUUACGGAUUCCCACACUCGAGGACUUUCAGAAAUAUACAUAAACACCUUCAAAACGGAUGUCUGUCGUGCCGAGUUCAGCAAAAUUGUAUUAAACUAACCUAUUUCCCUCGCAGAAAAUUAUCCCCACAAGGAGGAGCAUUAAUGAACAAUACUAACACGGACGCUUGUAUCUGAAAUCAAGAGACGAUCUGUAAAACGAAUCUUGGGCGAACCAGUCACAACUUCCAUGACAGCGGCAGCAGUGUGAUGAACGUGGACUACGGAACAUGAUAGAGGUGCAUGAUAUUCUCUAUUAUGACGGAUGGAGUUGUGCAUGGGGUUAGUUGAGCUGCCCGGACACCACAAACAUAGAAAACUUGAGAGACGCGAGUGUUUCACCCAAACCCACUGACUUAACGGUGAGCAGCAAACAGUAAGCGUGCAUGUGUGUUCCCUCCAUCAUGUCCACUGCAUGGUGCGUGUGCUGGGUGACGGCGACGCUGGUGGUGACGGCGUGCGGGACGGUCACCCCACAGCAGGCGCAGCAGACGGAGGAUGACCCUGCCCCUGCUGACCUACGCGGCCCUCGACAUAUAUCCGAUGGCCUGCCCCUGCCCGUCCCCGUCCCAGUCAGACACGAGGACCCUGUUUCUGUGGGUGACGGGGUACAAGUGGGCAGCGCGGACCCCUCACUGUGUCCUCCUCCCAUGCCCUUCGCGCCGGAGCUGUGUGGCGCCCCUGCCUGUCUCCACCACCACCGCUGCCCCACUGGUCGUGCCUGCUGCUUCAACGGCUGCGUACACACCUGCCUCCUUGCCGUUGAAAGCCCUCCAGUUAUUGACUGGAUCCAGGACACCAGCUCCCACAGCCCCAUCCUAGAGGAGUCCCAGCCCGGCCUGCCUGUGCGCUAUGAGGACCCCGCGUUCGCCGAGGGCCGCGAGGAGAUGGUUCACCUGCCGGGGGGCUGCACGCUGUCUGGGAAACAAUACGCCGAGCUGCAGACCUUCAUGGAGUCACCCAGCAUAGAUAAGUGCAUGUGUGAAAAGGGCGAGGUAGUCUGCUCCGUGAAGAUGUUCAAGUUAUAGCGUGCCAAGCCAGACCACGCUCGUUUCCUGGCGGAUGUUUUGUCUCCGCUACACUGGACAAUAUUCUGAGACACUUCAAGCUGCACCUCCACAACAUUCAAGAGUCUAAUUGAAGUCUAGUUUUUAAGGGUGUUUUUUUUUUUUUUUUUUUUUUUUUUUUUCGGUCUCAUUGACAGAUUAACAAGAUUUCUACAUUAGAAAUAGGAGAAACUCUUGAAAAUCCGGCUAAUCACCUCUAUGACCUUUGAAAAUAGUUAUGGUGACAGAAUGAAGCGUUUCUGAAUAUGGACCAAAAUUGUCUGACCGCCACUGCCCCAGCAUACAGGCCUGCCACAUCCCGAGUCACGCAAGACAUGAACCACCGCUCAGCCUCCCUCAAGGUCCUGCUGCAUCGCUUCCGUCACAUAGAACAGCGAUUCUUUCCUUUUUAUCUCGUCAGUGCAACAAUAGUAUCUGUAUGUAGAAUGCAGAGGGGGUGAUUUACCAUCUUGAAGGUGCCAUUGGUAGUAGUAGUAGUAGUAAUAGUAGUAUGAUUAUAUUGUAUAGCUGCAGAAUUUUCUAGGCAAUAUUUAAGAAUCAUCCUCCAGCCAUUACAAGCAAGUGUGUGUUAUGAUCGACCAUUGAAAGACGGAUGGUUUACUCUUUUACUUGUUCUUGCAGUACACAUAUUUUAAUUACCACCAGUGUAGUAUAUCAGUUUAUUAAUUUGUUAUAACUUCUUUACGUUGGCUGAGCUUGGGCCAUAUAUUUUUUUUUUCUUUUUAUGCAAGAGGGGAAGCCAGCCAAGGGAAACAAAAAAUAUAAAAAAGGCCCACUUGAUUGCCAGUUCCCUUAAAGAUUAAUAGAGUUAGCCAAAAGUCUGGGACAAAUGUCGGUGCUGGGGCUUCCACCUCUCCUCUCCUCUCUUGUACUAAAUCCAACGAGAGGAGCAACUUGGGGAUAGCAAGAGGUAGAGCAGACAGAGAUAAAUAGAUAAUAUUAUAGAAGAAAAUAAAGGACAAUUAUUUCUGACAAUCCAAGGAUACAAGAGAAGAAGAAAAUAGUGUAUGAAAUGUGGAAGAAGAGAGAAAAGUCAUUGGAAGAACUUGAUGGACAGAGCAGAAUAAGAAGAUAAGAAACAACAUGAGGGAAGUUCAGAUUAAAGGCCAAGCUUCCUAACCUACACUUAACCUGACCUGACCUAAUAAGAUUUGACCGGGUAGCCUGGAACCGACGGGGCUGCCGAUGUAGUGAGGGUUUGUGGAGGCCUUUGUGCUGCAGUUAAGCCAUAGAGGCUGAUGGUGAUAAUAAUGAAACUUGUGUGUAUUGUUAGUCGUAAUCUUUUUGCUCACUAGAUGGCUCACACAUCAUUCCUGGUGUUUGCGUUGCCCGGUAAAACCUUCAGACUGUGUUCGUAUUUUGUCCAUUAUUCUUAAACGCUUUGCUCUCUCAUCAUCACUACUUUCCAAAGGCUUUCGUUGAGAAUAUUCAGGUUCUUAAAGGUAUUUUUAUGGUUCCGGUAAUGGACUGGUAAGAUUUCUAGAUUAUAAGGAAAAAUUGUCUUGAAAAUCCGGUUAGUCGUCUUUGUGGUCUUGGAAAACUGUCGUGGUGAGAGAUCAAGGCGUUUCUGAAUACGUAUAGCAACUUUCGACUAAGGUGCUCUGUGUGUGUGUGUGUGUGUGUGUGUGUGUGUGUGUGUGUGUGUGUGUGUGUGUGUGUGUGUGUUGGAGUUCGUUACUGUGAUGAACUAAAAGAAACUGCAUCCUCAAACACUAGGGAGCUUCCAUGAGGCUGUAGAAGAGGUUAGAAGGUUUCCAUGGUGUUUUCACGAUUCUUGUGAUAGCUUUAUAAGAACUCUCCAUCACCAUUGAAAAAGAAAGUACACGAUAACCUUAACAGUCAUCUUUAUGCCCUUAAAACUCCAAAGUGUUUGAGAAUACGUCGUUACGAGCCUAUUGAUCAAGGCUCACCACACACAUUGUCCUAGUGUUGGCUUGUGUUCGUACUGCGGCCAUUGUCAUUUUAUUUCAUAUAUAUAGGUUGUUCUAAGUUAUCUGAGUACCUGCCAUAUACUCAUGUCGCUUGCCAGGGAAUAGCUUUACUGAUGGUGGUGGAGCGCUUUGUGAUUUCUAAAUGUUGAGAAAUACGUAGUGUGUGAAAGAAAAAUGCCGGAAAUGACACAGACAGAGAUAAGAAGACAACUAGACUGAUUCCAGUGCCAUUCUUCGCCAUUGUGUUUUCUGAGCCACACUACACAGUUAUUUCGUGUUCGUGAAUUUCACAUACGUACUCCAAUGCAUGGAAGACUGUAAAGAGUUUGUAUAGUUGUUAAGGCAUGCAAUAAGUGCAGUAUUAUGCUAUUAGAGAGAUUAAUAUAUGUAUAUACAGAAAUAAAAUCUAUUAUAAAGUUUGAA